AUGGGAGCGACUCUUAUGCAUCGGUUUCACGACGGAAGUCUUCACCCGAUAAUGUGCUGGUCGGGUACGUUCAACGAAGCUGAAAAGGGCUACUCGCAAAUCGACAAGGAAGCGCGAGCGUUCAUCUUCGCUCUCAAGAAGGCUCACGUGUACAUCGCAAACCGACAUUUCACUGCUCAGAUCGAUCACAAGCCGUUACUGCGAAUCUUCGGAUCAAAACAAGGCAUCCCGGCUCACUCAGCGGCUCGACUCCAGCGAUUUGCCAUUGUCGCUCAAGCCUACGAUUUCGACAUUCAUUACGUGGACACUGACAGCUUCGGAUACGCCGAUGUCCUCUCGCGACUCAUAUCAAAUCAAAACAAAUCAAACGAAGACAUGGUAAUCGCUUCAGUCCAGCUUCAAGAGGAGAAGGACGUCGUCUACAGUUUCGCCAUCGAAACGGUCAAAGGCCUUCCAGUCACCUUCAAGGACAUCCAGCGAGGAACAAAGGACUGCCCAGUUCUCACCGCAGUCUACAAUUUCAUCGAGAAAGGAAAUUGGCCACAAAAACGACAUCAAAUCCGAAAUCACCAAGUGGAAGGUUUCUUUUUGAUUCGCGACAACCUCUCAGUGUCAAAUGAUGUCAUUUUCUACGGCGAACGAGUCGUUGUACCCGAAAUUCACCGUCAACGAGUUCUCGAGCAUCUUCACCAAGGCCACCCAGGCGAGUGUCGAUCCAAAUUGCUCGCCAGCAGCAAAUGUUUCUGGCCCGGCAUCACCAAAGACAUCGAGCGCUUCGUCCGCACCUGCGAGAAGUGCGCAACAGUCUCCAAAGCUCCGAUCAAGUGCAGCUUGCAGCCCUGGCCAGUGCCCGAAAAACCUUGGUCGAGAAUUCAUGCAGACUAUGCUGGGCCCAUAGACGGAUUCUCAUUUCUGGUCAUCGUCGAUGCUUUCAGCAAGUGGUCAGAAAUCUUCAAAACGAAAUCGACAACAGCCACAACGACAAUUGAAUUCUUCAAGAAUGUUUUCGCUCAACAUGGCUUGCCAGACACCAUUGUAACCGACAAUGGCCAGCAGUUUAUCUCCACUGAGUUCAAGGACUUCUGCAAUUCCAACGGCAUUCAACACUUGACUUCAUCGCCGUAUCAUCCACAAUCGGAAGGCCAGGGAGAAAAAUUCGUCGGCCUAUUUAAGACAGGCUACAAGAAAGCAACAGGAAACGUUGACCAAAAAAAUUCGAGAAUUUCUCUUCUCCUACCGAUUUACGCCUUCAUACAAUCUCGGCAACAAAUCUCCAGCAGAGCUCCUCAACAGUCGCAGAAUGAAGACCACGCUGGAUCUCCUUAA